AUGGGAGAAGCGGCGAUGAUUCUUGACUUCGGCCUCAUGAGGUGCCUUUUCCUCGUCUUCGGGAUAUUGGGGCAGGCAGUUGGCACCGACUUGUCGGAGAGUUGCUCAUCGGACUCCGGGUGUGAGGAGAGCGCUCUCACGCAAUUGGCACGUCGACAGAAUGUCUCCCAGGCGCAGCCUCAGUUCUUUUCCAGCCACGACAGCUUCCUGGAAAAUUGGGCCAGCCUGGUUCUUGGAGAUUGCUGUUCGAUGUUCCCUGACUAUGCCCCGAAGCUCGAGCAGUACGAGAGGGAGAUCAAGGAUUUCCUGAUCAAGGGCAUCUACCCUCCGGCGGGUCACCCCAUCUACUCCGAGAAGACCCCUGUGGUCUGGAAGCCUGCGGACGAAGAAGACCCGGAAGAGGAAGAGGAUUUUGAAGAGUCCGAGGGCUCGGAUGACGGCGGGUUGGACCAGGAGGAUGAAUCUGAGGAGGACGACGACGAAGCUUACAACGAAGUUGAUUUGCUUGAGGUUGCGUUCUUGAUGUUCGACGUCAUGGGUCUCAAGCCUCCUAAAUCAGGAAAGGGGCCUUCCAAGACUGUGCUGAAGAAGUACUUGGACGACCCAACCGCGCUUCAGAAGGUCUGGACACACUGGAAAAAGCUCCGGGUGAACCGGCCUGCGCGGGACAAUGCCAACGAUGCCUGGAAAGGGGCCAAGGUCCUCUGGGACGAAGGUGUCCUAGAGGAUAUGUUCGAGGCUGCCAUAGAAGGCAUCGGUUGGUUCCAAUUCGGCGUGAUGCUUACGCAGUUCGCCGCCCAGGUUGGUCUCAUGUUCGUCACAGGCGGAGCAGCCACCGUCAUCAAGAUUGCGUUGUUGAUCCCAGCCGCCAUAGACCUCUGGAAUGCUUUCACCGACGUGAACUCCAACUGUCUCUAG